GUUGACCUGACAUUUCAUUUAGGACCAAAACUCUAAAUUAUUUGAUCUACUAUGCAUUAAAUUAAUAAUCAAAGAGAAGUUACAGAUCCUACAGUAUGCGUCGCAAAACUCGACCUGAUAAAUGGCGCCGAAUUAGAAAACUAUAUUUCGAUAUGAAGGAAGGUCAAACAGGUCAAAUGUAUGCCAUAUCCGGUGGAGCCCAGGCCGCUCUCUCGGCCGUCAUCGAAAGCAUGCUCGAGGAAUGCCUGCUGGAUGUCAAGAACAUAACUACGGUGGCUGAUAAAAGCUGCGUCACCCCCGAAGAAAUGGAGAAGGCAUUAAGGAAGCUCUGCCUACGUUUAAACGCGCAGCCAAGCACGCCGAGUAAACAGAAAGUUAACACGCAGCGCGAAGAUUCAAACUGAAAGUUUAGCGAAAUGUUCUCGAGGAGAUGCCUUCACGGUGCCAAACAAUUCGAAAGACAGAGCGAGAAAGAGAGAGAGAGAGAGAGAAAGUUCUUGUGCUAUCGUCUAUAUUGCUAAUAAAUGUCGAAUUGUGCGAAAGUGCGGAUCGUUCGCGAGCGGUCUCUAAACUUUAUUGUCACUCGUUCAUAAUAUUCACGUAGCAUUUAUUCGUAUCGCGAUUCUGUGCUUGAGAAAAUUAAGAAAAUUAUUUUACUUUGUGAAACGUGUA